GGCGUGCGUCCCGGGUAUAUUAAGGGUGGCGAUGCUCCGUAUUUCAGUGCAACUGCGUCCUUGUAACUUGUAACUUCGCCAUGCUUCUGUACACCCCAACACGGUACGUUUUAUUGGUCACAUGCUUUUUAAUAAAAAGCUGCGCGACUUUCAAGAACGAUGCAACAGAAAAUCUUUAUUCUCAGCAAUCCGGCGAUUUACAACAGUCUGCUAACAAUGUGACUUUAAACCGAGCGAGGACCGGAGGACGGCUCUUAGACAGCGCACAGACGGAUCGCAACGAUCGAAACCAGUUGGGAUGCAGGGAGCUCAGGUCAACCAAAUACAUCUCGGAUGGCCAGUGUACAAGUAUAAACCCAGUGAAGGAGCUUGUGUGUGCUGGAGAGUGCCUUCCGGCUCAGAUGUUGCCUAACUGGAUCGGUGGCGGCUAUGGCAGGAAGUACUGGAGUCGGAGAAACAUGCAGGAAUGGCGUUGUGUGACAGACAAGACACGCACGCAGCGCAUCCAGCUCCAGUGUCAAGAUGGAAGCACUAGAACAUACAAAAUAACUGUCGUAACCUCCUGUAAAUGCAAAAGGUACUCUCGUCAACACAAUGAGUCAAAUCACAAUUUUGAAGAAACAUCGCCACCAAAAUCGGGUCAUAACCACAAGGGAAAGAAGAGGACAGGCAAGACUGCAAAGCACCAAGUUAACUGGCAUGAGAUGGACGAUAAGAACUGAUGUUUGACUUUUGUGAGCUCUGUAAACUGGAUUGUGUAUGUAAAUAUCUGCCUGCAACUACUGGUUUGCCAAAGAGUCAGUGUGUUGGCCUGAGGCUGACAUUGACUGGGGAAUGGUGGCGUUUAGUUGUGGAGGCCCUGUCAGUUUCCUUUUCAGUUGAUAUCUUUGUGUAUUUCUAUUGUUGCCAUGAGGUACUUGCUCACCCUACCUGUGUGAUCGACUGUAGGCAGACUAUUUUCAGUAACCAAUCUCCUGGGAGGCAAAAAACAGUUGCGUCUCUGCAGUAAUAGAGACUUGACCUCCGUGGUAACCAACCAUCUUGGAAGCAAUUAACCUUAUCAGAUAUGAGGUGAUGAUGAGAAGCUGUGUUGAUUAGAGACCAAUUGGAUAAGAAAUUCCUGGAUUGAAGUAGGCAACAAUUUCCAGAUAGAGCAAGUGGUGCUAGAUGGGCUAAUUUAAGUUGCAAAGCACAUAGACAUUGAGAAGGAUACCACAUGUUUUCAGACCGUGCAAUCCAUGUCCUUUAAAACGUUAAGCUAAAAUAACAAAUUUCUUUUGAUUGACAGAAAAUCCAUAAAAUCUUCUAUAUAAAGUGUGUACCGCUUUCUUACCUAGAAGAUCAAACUCUUAACCCUUUAAACUCAGCCUCAUGUUUGUCAGUUUUUCUGCUACUCUGAUUUAACUGGAUAUUAACUUUGUCGUUCUUCAUUCAAUAUUCAUGAUCUAUCCCUCAAAAUAAAUUCAGACAGAGUUAUUUUUUGGUAUUUGAUACACUGCGUUAAUCACUGAGGGGAAGAUAUGUUGUACACAUACAUUACAGUCGAAUAUGUUGCAAAAUUCAUAACAUUUUUAUAUGAGACUCUAUAAAAGUGUCAGGAACACCCAGAAAAAUCUGAAAUACCUACAAUGAAUGUCUAAUUUUAUUUUUUGGAAGCAAUUUACAGUUUUCACAUUAGCAUCCAUAGCCUGCAUCUCCAUUAUUGAAGACCCAUGACUUAGAUGUCAUUUUGAAGGGCAGAUCUGACUCUGUCAGAACAUAUAUGGUUAGUAAAGAAAUUAUAGUCUACAUGCUAAUUACAACACUAAUAGUUACAAGAAUCAAAAACAUUUAAAACAAAAAAUCAAAAAUAUAGGAAUUGAAAAACAUGGAAAGUGGUGUUAUUUGAAAGUUGGAACACCCCUCUCAUUUAGAAGGUAACAGGCCAUGCUUUAGACUGUAGACAUUCAAGAAAGCCAUUGUGGGGGGUGUUGGGGGCAGGUGUUGCCGUGAUACAGCAAUUCGACCAUCUUUGAGGGAGGAAAGAAAGAAAUUGCAACGUGGUACUGAGGUACACAGUACAGCAUUGUAAUGGCUACACUCUGUACUUUAAUUAUAGCAUUGAGGAAAUAAAUGGUUUUAUGCAGGUGUGUUUUUUUUUUAUUUUUUAUUCUGCAUCAUUGUUUGGUACCACUGGCAGGUCCUAAACAAUGGGGCUGGUUUAAAGGGUUAAAAUACAUAAUUUACUCCACCAUCUUGUAAACGUAGCAAUUAUAAGCAACACAUAACCAAAUAAAAAGCACUGAAAUUAGCAUCCAAAGGAUAAAGCAAAUUGGUAAAUCCGUGUUUGUUUUUGCCACAACUAUUUAUUUGCUUUGCUAAAUACACAGUGGAGGCACAUAGCAGAAAAAGAAUGCCCAAAUUGUUAUUUAUUUUUCUUUCCAAUAUUAUUUAAUGAAUCGAUGCAUGUGGUAUUACGGAGCUAUCUUUUGUAAACUUGUAUAAGUUUUAUGGUCCAAAGUAUUUUCUUACAUUUUGUAGCCAGAGUCAAAAAGUUAAAUAGUGUAAAUAAUGUAAUAUAUUUUUGUAUUGUAAAAUGUGCUCUUGGAAUUUUGUAAUAUGCUUUUUUUAUAUCUUUUUUGUUUUUUUUUUCUUGAAUUUAUCACAGCUUCAACAGCUGACCCUGUUGAAAAUAUUGUUUUAUAGUUAAAAAUAACAUAUAGCUACAGACAGUCUAGUGUUGUAUAGUGCAUAGUAUCCAUGUUACUGAUCCCUGCCUUUUUAAAAUGUGCAAUCUUGUACUGGUCUUAUCAUUUUGAAGCCAAACAUUCUUCAGAAAUAAACUGAUAUUUAAAUAUU